ACCUGAGCACAACGCGGAUGUGAGGAGGCAGCAAUAAUUACUCAUCCGAACAUCCCGCCGCAACUUCCCGCGAGGCCAGCGCGAUCCAGGAGCAAAGCAGGUGGCGAUGCCCGCUCAGACCCACCAUCUCCUCAAGAGGGCGAAGGAGAGACGCGGAAAGGAGCGAAAGGGCUCCCUUCGAUUCCAUCCCUAGCCGAGGUUGUAUACCUUCCGCAAAACGAGGACUUCGUCGUAGACGCGGCGAGUGCACACACGUGCCUGGCGGGUGACCCUGCCUUCCUUCAUUGCUGCCUCUUUUUUCUUCCGGGGUUUGGCGGAGGUGCGGCUCCUGCGUCAGCUGCUCCCGGCGGCCUCCCAUAGACGCGGAGGCGAAGCUUCCCCACUGGCGUGUUUCGUUUUUGGAGCGGAAGAUCUUCCCCCAUCGCCCACCCCUCCUCGGAGAGCCCUUCUCAUUCACCAAGGUCAUGCAAAAGAUGUUUGCUUUGAAUCAGCAGUUCUCUUAAACUGCUGCAGCUUGCAAAACACUGGCGCGAUCUAAACUGCUUUUGGAGUAUUCCCAGAGUAGCUGCACUGAGGGUGACAGUUGCAGCCAAUUUCCUGCCAGUCUGGCUUGGUGCUUAUCAAUCCCUUCCCCCUCUGUUGCAAUUCCCUCUGCAGAGCUGGCUUCCAGGCAUGAAUGCUGCUGUCUGAAAAGGGAAAGCACUGUAUUAAAAGCACACUCACACACACACACACACAUGAAUGUUCAAAGCAAUGGGCAUAGUUUUGCAUCAAGGAGGUGAGUCUGCUCAGAAAGGAGGAAGGCAUUUUCUGUUGGCCCUCCAUCCAAGCUACAUUAUUAAUCUUGAUUAAUUAUUAUGGGGCAAGAAUGGCCUUAGAAAAAUAAGGUGAGUUUUUGAUGGUCUCUGGAAAUAACUAUAGCUGAAAAUAACUAUCAACUUGCUGGACUCUUGAAAUCCUUGCAACCUACAUAAAAAGCACAAAAUGAAAGGAAAGGAAAUGUAAUGUGCCACGCUAUAGUAAUGAACAGAGAUUAAAUGGUUAAUUGUAUUAAAUGCAGUGUUGUAUUAAUUUAAAUAUUAAAUGAUUUACAAGUGUUCUUUUGAUAGAUACAGAAAUAGUAAAUAUUACUCUUUCAGUUCUAUUGAUGAGUAGGUAAACCAUUGAAAGGUCCUUCAGUGAAAAUCUCUUUAAAUGUGAAAUGAAUGAUGGCUCUUUUGGGUAGAGAAAUGGACAUAUAGCUAGAGUAAGAGGUCCCAUGAUGGAGGUUUACAGCACAGAAUCAGAAAAUGUCUGAUAUGUAAAGCAAUUUAUAGUCAACAAUUUUGAGGUCAGAAUGCCCUGGUUUGAAGUUGAUCAGCUUGUGAUCAAUUCAAAAUAGUUAUUCUGAAGCCAAAAAUGUCAGUUUCAAAAAAAAAAAAAAUAGCUAUCACAAAUAUUACUACUUCUCAUACAAUAUUUUUUUUUAAAUACACAUGUUGGAGAUAGAUUUGUCUUUUAUUACAAUUCAGUUAUUUUAUUUGGUAAAUUUUUAAAAUCUGUCACUAUAAAAUGUUAGAGCAAUGCCAUGCAGUUUAGUUAGAAGAAUGAAGCUGUAAGAGUUCAGUGGAGCUUAUAACCCAGUGGUUCUCAACCUUUCUAAUGCCGCGACCCCAUAAUACAGUUCCCCAUGUUGUGGUGACCCCCAACCACUUAUACAUCACCGGGUGCCAGGGGCGUGGCCAAAGAAAAGGGAAAAAAAAUGGCGGGCAACCUUGUUUGGCGACCCCCGUGAAAUGGUCGUUCGACCCCAAAUGGGGUCCCGACCCACAGGUUGAGAACCACUGUUAUAACCAAAUCACUUUUAAGCAACUGCCAUUCAUUCUUAUUUAUCACAUUGUUGAAUUGGGGUAUAUACGUGAAUGAGGCUGAUAAUGUAGUUUGUAUCCAGUACAGGCCCUAUAACAUUUAUUUCUGUUUCUUUUAUAGGUCUUUUAGCUGAUGAGAAGAACCACAUGAAAUACACAGUAAUGUACAUUUGAUUCAGGGUAUGAAAAAAGAGACAUUGGUGAUACUUCUAUGGAAAAAGUGCUGCUGUAGGCUGAGAUGGCGAUUCUAGGCUUAAGACCUAUGAACUAUUAUUCUUUGAGAAAAAGAGGCAUUUUUACACUGAAACUUAUUUGUUUUACUCUGACUGUAUUCAUUUUCUGUGAAUUUUUAAUUUAUUAUGUAGUUAUAAUUCAGUGUCAUUGGCCGGAAUUGAAAAAUCAGAGUCUGGGGACUAACACACAGAAUUCACAUUCUGUCUUGAAAACCAUCUUUUUAUCAGAUCCUCAUUUGCUUGGUAGAAUCAAUGGACAUUGGUUGGACAAGUUAAGAAGGGAAUGGCAAAUGGAGAGGGCCUUCCAAACUGUCCUGUGGCUUCUGCAGCCGGAAAUAGUCUUCAUCCUGGGCGAUAUCUUUGAUGAAGGAAAAUGGAGCUCUUCCCAGGCUUGGUCAGAUGAUGUAAGACGCUAUCAUAAAAUAUUUUGGCAUCCGGACCACACAGAAGUAUUUGGUAUUGUUGGCAAUCAUGACAUCGGCUUUCAUUAUGAGAUGACAUCAUUCAAAUUGGAACGUUUCUCUAAAAGUUUCAAUUUGUCUUCUGAAAAAGUAAUAACUCGGAAAGGGAUAAACUUUCUUAUAGUGAACAGUAUUGCUCUUGAAGGUGACAACUGUAUGAUUUGCAGAACAGCAGAAGCCAAACUAAUUGAACUUUCCCACCAACUGAAUUGCUCACGGAAGGAACAAAAUCAAUAUAAGAAAAGCUGCAGUAAUGUGGAUAAGCUCCCAGCCUCAGCUCCAAUUCUGUUGCAGCAUUAUCCUCUUUAUAGAAGAAGUGACUCAGAAUGUACAGGGGAAGAUUCUGCUCCCCUGGAGAAAAAGAAUGAUCUCUUUAGAGAGAAAUACGAUGUGCUUUCUCAAGAAGCUUCCCAGAAGGAAAUAUUUACGCACAAUAUUUAUAGCAUACAGUGCUAUAAAUGCAGUGACAAAGUAACCAAUGCAAGAGGAACUUUCCUUCGUCUUCAAGACAUCUGGAGUUCGGGAGACAUUCUUUCUCUUAUGAAAAAUGACAGCAUAUUGUUGCAUUGUUAAAGAAAGAAGCAGUACCAUAUGUGGGAAGUUUCGCCUUUUACUGUAUUUGCUUACAAUAAAUUCACCAGUUUUCAGUGAUAUAAAUCUGUUGUAAAGAAGACCUAGGUGCAGUGUGGAACCUACUUUGCAAUCAAGUAUACUAGGAGUCAAAAUUGUACACCUCUGUUCUGAGUUGGAUUGCAGGCGAUGUACCUGUUUUGCAGUUCGGUCUCAGUCUUUGUGGCUCAAAGCCCUGCUGGGCGGGAAAGUUUGCAAUCUGAGAUCCAAUAUAUUUGAGGAAUGCCAUAAAGCAAAAGGUAUUUUAGCUUGGCAGUGGAAAUCAUCAAGCACAUCACCUCUAGCAUGCUUAUUUGUUAAUGAUAUAUCACAGUGAAUUCAAGCAUUAUGUAGUGGUUCCCUGAGCCCUAUUAAGUCAGAGAUUUCUGGGUAAUGCUGAACCACACUUCUCCCAAAGAUGUGGUGGACAGGAGUUUUGGAAUCAGCUCUGCAUCAAAACUGAGUUACUUCUAGUAUUUACUGGGAUGAUUUGAUAGUACUUUAGGGAUGGAUGGAUAACAACUCUAAUAAAUUAGCACUGAUUAAAAUGACUGAGGGGAAACUGAAAGCAAGAUGUGCUGUGUGGAGGAGUUAUUUCUUAAAUCAGAAAUGGUAACAGUGAUGUUUUAUUCCACUUUAUAGCUGCUAUGGUGGUUUCAUCCUCGGCUGAUUCUGAGUGGUCAUACCCACAGUGCCUGUGAAGUGCUUCAUAAUGGUAACAUUCAUGAAAUCAGUGUUCCAUCAUUCAGUUGGAGGAACAGAAACAAUCCUAGUUUCAU